AUGCAGCAAUUUUUUAAUUCCGAUCCUCGUACGGAAACAGCAUUGAAAUCUGUAGUAGCCGUUAUUUUCUAUAAUUCAGGUGAAGUUUGUUGUGCGGGUUCACGUCUAUAUAUUCAAGAAGGUGUUUAUGAUGCAUUUGUUGAUAACUUCUUACAAAUUGAUAAUUCUGACAUUAAGGUGCAAAAAUAUUGGUGGGUGGAGAGAUUACAAGGAAAGGGAUAUUCCAUUAAACCAACUAUUUUUGUCAAGGCUAAUGAUGAUAUGAGGAUCGCCCAGGAAGGAAUCGUCGAUCCUAUUAUAACAAUUAGUAAGAUCAAAACUACUGAUCAUAUAGUUCGUAUGGCUAAUAAUACUGCUGAUAUUCAAACUUCAAACGCGAAUAGAGCAAUUGAUGUUUCCCGUAGAUUAAAGGCAGGUACCGUUUGGGUAAAUACUUACAAUGAUUUCCACCCAAUCGUUCCAUUUGGUGGUGGUUAUAACCAGUCUAGUAUGGGAAGAGAGAUGGGUGAAGGAGUAUUACAAAACUAUACCCAGGCAAAGGCUGCUAGAAUGGGUAUUAUUAAACCAAAAAAUUAA